AUGAACGGCUUUUCUAUACCCGUAAACCCGACAGAUAAUUUAGCAGCAGAUGGACAAUUGUUUAUUGAAAUGUGUGAAAAAGAUAAAAAAUUUUGUGAACUCGUCACAGCAAGAGCACCAGAUACUGCUUUUGCUUGUUAUGAUUUUUGGGUUGAAAAACUCAUUCAUGAACUUGGACCUUGGAGAGAAGAAGUUGGUAAUGAUGGUAUUAGAAGAAUCCAGUGUCCAUACAAUCAGACGUUAAUGCGUACAUUGAGAGACAAAUAUGACAUUCGUCACUAUGAAAUAAGUAUUAAUCAAUCAAAAAUCUCUCGUUAG